AUGUCGGAAAACCAGACCAAGUUUGUUGAUUACAUUGAGAAGAACCAGGACAAGCUCGUCAAGAGCCUGGCUGAGGUUGUGGCUAUCCCGAGUGUGUCGGGUGACCCUGCCUACCGUCAGGACGUGUUCCGCCAGGGUGAGUGGAUCAAGGCUAAGCUCCUCGAGCUGGGUGCCGAGGCCACGACUCACGACCUUGGUAUGCAGAAGCUGGACGGCAAGGACAUCCCUCUUCCCCCUGUAGUGGUUGGCUCGCUGGGCAACGACUCGUCGAAGAAGACUGUGCUUGUGUACGGCCACUACGACGUGCAGCCUGCCCUCAAGUCGGAUGGCUGGAACACGGAGCCAUUCGAGCUGGUGCACGAUGAAAAGACUGGUCGCCUGUAUGGCCGUGGCUCGACCGAUGACAAGGGCCCGAUUCUUGGCUGGUUGCACACCAUUGAGGCGCACAAGACCUUGGGUCUGGAGCUCCCUGUGAACCUCAAGUUCUGCUUCGAGGGUAUGGAGGAGAGCGGCUCGAAUGGUCUUGACGAAUUCGUGACCAAGAACAAGGACACGCUCUUCUCGGGUGUGGACGCUGUGUGCAUUUCGGACAACUACUGGCUCGGUACGAAGAAGCCGUGUGUGACCAACGGUCUGCGUGGUAUUUCGUACUUCAAGCUGUCGAUCAGCGGCCCUGCCCGUGACCUGCACAGUGGUGUGUUUGGUGGUAUGGUGCAUGAGCCUAUGACCGACCUGAUCAAGAUUAUGUCGUCGCUUGUGACGCCGCAGGGUGAGAUUACGAUUCCAGGCAUCAACGAGCAGGUGAAGGAGCUCACGGACGACGAACGCAAGGUGUACGAUGUGAUGGACUUUAGCAUCUCCGAUGUGGAUGAUGCGACGGGCAGCCAGACCACUAUCAGCGACAACAAGCCGGAGGUGCUGAUGGCCCGCAUGCGUUUCCCGAGUCUCUCGCUGCACGGCAUUGAGGGUGCGUUUGCCGAGCCUGGCUCGAAGACGGUGAUUCCCGCGAAGGUCACUGGUAAGUUCUCGCUGCGUCUUGUGCCGAACAUGGACCCUGCCAAGGUGAUUGAGUGCGUGCAGAAGCACGUGGAGUCGGAGUUCGCCAAGCUCAAGUCGAAGAACACGAUGCACCUGGCGCCUGACCACCCCGGUAAACCUUGGGUGGCCGACCCGAACCACUGGAACUACGAGGCUGCGUUCCGUGCUACGGAGAAGAUCUAUGGUGUGCGCCCUGACCUUACCAAGGAGGGUGGCUCGAUCCCGAUUACCCUGACGUUUGCUGAUGCGCUCAACAAGAACGUCCUUCUGCUGCCCAUGGGCCGCUCGGACGACGGCGCCCACUCGACCAACGAGAAGCUCGACCUCUCGAACUAUGUCAAGGGUACGCAGCUGCUCGGUACCUACCUGUACGAGAUUGCCGCGGCCACUGCCUAA